AUACGUCAUGGAGGAAGCAAUUCAGAGUGUGCGCAUUGCUUUGCUCACAGAGCAAAUGGCUGUACAAAGGAAGCUCGAAUUAGAACAAGAGGAGGAGAAUGUCUACAAGGCAAUCUCGAUCUUGCAAAACCGCUUGCACAAGAUUCAUCAAACUCGCUCACGAAUCCCAGAAAGCCAUGUAAUGACAGGGACCCUUAAACAAGCUGCUGCUGCACACAGUCGUCAACUUUACUACGAGUGGAGUCGAAAUUACCAUUGGAAACUGCCGCGAGAAUUGCGAGACAGCAUAUACAGAUACGUGACCGCAGACAAACGCACAUAUGUGCACAAAUACUCAAUUUCGUUCAAUGCCUGGGGUGUGAGAAACCAAGAGAGCUAUACCGACUAUAUACAAGGGAGAUUCGAAGCAUGGUUCCGCAAACCAAAAAUCGACUUACUAUUAGACACGUCAAAAGGGAACAGGCAGGUCAUCCAAGAGCUCACAGAAGCACAUAUACAAAGAAUUCGCUUCCGGCUCGAAGGCAAUGCACGCAGCGACGACAAGAAGAUCGGCUGCGAGGAGCUCAUUCCCGCUCUGUUUUCCGUUAAGCCGUUUGGCAUCAACGUAGACCUUUUCGCCAACAUGCAACAAUUGAUCAUUGAGUUCGAUGUUCACUACGACGCAGGAUCGUCGGUCUUGAAUAAAGAAUGUCUGCAUCUUCUACAGAAUCUCCGCUGCAAAACCGCCAUAACCAUUUACAUUACACGUUUUGGAAUGACGAACGCACCUCAAGAUGCCUUCCUUAUUCUGGAUCAUUUGUCGGAUUGGUACUUUUACAUGAAAGGACUGGGAUUCGAGAUUCGUAUCAAGAUGCCAUUGAAUAGGCGCGGCGCAAUGUACGAAGGGGAUGAAACGGUGGAACUCCAUCGGUUUUUGGGUGACGAUAUUGGAUAUUACGAGAGUUGGAAAGCGACAUGGCCGAAACAACAGCAGAAGUCAAAGACUGCGAAAAUAUUUUUCGAACAAUUGCUGAAAUUACAGCGUGAGAUGGGGCCUACACUGGGAACGGGAAAGGUGGUAUUGUAA